AUGAAAGAAAUAAUUAAACAUACAAAUUCUUAUUAAUUUUUAGAUAGCUAUUUAAAUAGCUUUAUUUAUUAUUAAGAAAAUUACGAGGAAUUUCAAAAUUCAUAUAACAAAGAUGAUGAAAUUAUUGUAUUGACUAAAAGGAAAUAAAAUUUUAUCGGAAAAUAUAAAUUUAUUGUUCAUCUUUAUAAAGAUAGAGUCAUCAAAAUUUAGUACAUCAAUAAUUCUAUUCUCUAAUUACAAAAUAGACUAAUCUAUCUAUUAGAGAAUAAAAAUUUAUAAGCAUUCUUUACAGAUGAAAUUGUUGAGUCUCUUCUUGAUAUUAUUUCAGCAAUGAAGAAUGAUCUAUUUAUUAAACAAUAUAGAGAGGAUACUUAAUUAGAGCAAGAUUUCAUUUCCUUUUUAAAGUAAAAGGAAUGUACUCAAUGGAAUAAAGAUUAAUUUUGUUUUUCUCCUAAAGGAAUUAGAACGCUGCUUUGUUGGAUUGAGAAGCGAGUUGCGUCAUAAAGAUUAAAGUUAUUGAUUGCUAAUCUUUUGGAAAAACUAGAUAAUAAUUGGAAAAAUAAAAAAAAAAAUUCUAAAAAGAAAUUGGAUACAUCUGAAUCAAGUGAUUCUGAUAUUGAAGAAUUGCCAUUAAAAUAAAAGCCAUCAAUUAAAUUGAAUGUUCAAAAUUUAGAUUUAAUACAUGAAGAAGAAAAUGACUUUUCAGUUUAAAAAUAGCCUACAAUUAAAUAGAUUCAUUCUAAUUUAGAAAGAAUAUUUCUAAUCAAACAAACUCAAGAUUACUAUACAGAAAUAUUAAAGCUAUACUCUUCUAUAAAAUAGUCAGAAUUAAUAGUAUCUUUUUGGAAUUGCUUUUUAAAAUUAAUAACUAGGAUAACUGCUGAUAAUUCUUAAAAAGUCGAGUAUGGCUUCAAAAUAUACUCAAUAACCAAUGAGGAUUUCAUUAAGGAACUAAUCUUAGAGCAAAUUCAAAUUAGAUUAUCUGAAGUGAUUUACGAUGUCAUUGACUCUAAAUUUGGAGUCAAUUUUAUGAUUAACCUGCUUAAACCAUUUAUUGAAUAAGACAUCAAAUAACUUUAACUCUUUUCGCAAAUAGAAAUGAAUGAAGAAACUCAAAGCUUUUUUGUUAUAAUAAUACCAAAGUUAGUUUUUGCUUAAAAUAUUCAAACUGUUGAAAAUAUAGAAUACUUGUAGAAUUUUCUCAUUGCUAAUUUAUUACUCAAUAAAGAUCAAUAUAGUAAGGUUAUGGAUAACAUAAAAUGA